AUGGCCGACUCUCCGCAGGUCCUUCCUGGCUUCCUUCGCAACCUGACGCAAACCUCAUACCGAGAAGAUUUUUGCCUCCGUCCAGCCUUACAAGUGCAUGCCAAAGCUGGUUCAGGCCUCGUGGUCUGCAAGCCAUCUCCACUGCCAGUGCCAAGGACUGGCGAGUUCGUGGAGAGCGAGGAGGCUGAGGAUGACAAGAUGGACUUCACCAGCCCACGGACGCCUUUUCUUGGCCGAAAAGUUCCCCUGCAGAGUACCUACAACUCCUUCUGCGAUGAUCGGGGGUCACUUGUCACAACCCCACCGCCGCCAAAGCGGAACAAGAGGAAUCGAUCUGAAGUCCCUCUGGGAUCUUUGGAGACGAGCUCCAUCGUCAAGGCUCCGCCGAUGUUGCUGCCGUUUGACACCAAAGGUGUGCCAAGCGGACGGGGAGGUCUCUCGGACGAGGAAAUCCUCCUUCGCAGCAAAUUGCUGUACUUGGAUUCCCAUCCUUCCAGACAAGAAAACACGAAGGCGAUCUUCAAACAAGGGUGGAAGCAGCCGGGCAAGACAGUGAUGAGAGACAACUUCACCUCCUACCCGCACAGCAGGAGUGCAGAAAAGCGUCUUGGUGGAAGAAGUUACUUCCCAGUCGGCGAGAAGAACUGGCAUUCCUGCAAAUCUGAUGCGGCCUUCCAUCAGGGCGUGCACCGGUGGCCGAGGCGGCCGCUGCACGGCCCGUCCAACGGCCCUCAAAGAUGUCAGACGGCCCCAGGGAGUUUGAAGCCUGCUGCACGCUAUGGCGAAGGCCCGACAAGGCUUCUUGGCAAGCCGUGGAGAAGCUUGGAUGGAACCUUGCAUGAGAUCAUGCUGCAGCAGGGCCAGCCCGUCGCCACGCUGGCUGAGUUGGAAGCUGCACUGUGCCUUGCAGAGCAGCAGAGCUUGGUCCCUCCUACAGAGAUUCGCCGGCGGUGGCAGACUUUGGCUGCCUCUGCCAUUUCCUGGUCGCUGGACUGCCUUACCGCAGCUGGCGACAAGGAGUGGAUCUUUGACCAGGCUCUCCAGAUGCUGUGUACCGCCGAGAUCCUCACAAGGACCGAUGUGGCCGAAACCUUCGGCGCGAAGGCAGUGCCCAAUCGGCUUUUCCUCCGUGCGCUGAGCCUUUGUGGCCUGGGUGGCUACUAUCAGCAGCGCGGCAAGCCCAGAGCUGCGGUCCGCUUUCUGGAGCAGGCCGUCGCCGGGCACGCCAAGUUCGCGCACCCUGCCGUGCUGCUGAACCUAUGCAGUGCCCAUUUGCAGCUGCGGGAGCCUGGGCCAGCGCUUUCCUAUCUCUCGCAGGCAGUGCUCGCUCUGCGCAGUGCGGCCGGCCGCCUCUGUCCGCAGCAGGCCGCUGAGGUGGAUGCCUCAGCGACUGCAGCUACUGCAGCGGUUCUGGCCGUCUUGGGUCCCGCUGCAAACCCGGAGGACAUGUGCAGCGAAGUCGAUGUCCGGCUUCGCAAAAACCUUUGGGUAGAGAUGGACCCGCUCGGCCGGGGUAUUGACCUUGGCAACGAGCAGCAGAGGCUUCGCGUCGAGCCCGGCGGGAGUCUUGAGACUCCCGAGGCCUCGGUGAGCAGCCUCGCGAGCCAGAGUAAGGAGGUUGGCAAGACGUCCCGUGUCUGCAGCGGACCUCGAAGAGGGUUAGGUCGGCAUGGCCUCAUUAGCAAGGAGCAUGCAGCCUCCAGCAAGGAUGCUUUUCAGUACGAGGUGGAUGCUGCCGUCGUGAAGACACUCCUGGUAGCCAAGGUUCUCCUGUGGCCGUGGCCAGAGCUGGGGGAAGAGCAUGAUGGAUUGCAUGCUAGUGGCCUUUCCCCCCCGAGCUAUGCUGAGCUGCGCCGCAAAUGUGAACACGAAUCCGCGGACUGCUUCGCACGUUAUCCGGGCAUUGCGGGCUGCAUGACGCGCAUGCUGACUGGCAAAACGUGCGCCGAAGACAGCAAUGACCGAACCGGUCCCUUCGAUGGCGGUCGGGCGCGCUGGAACGAGUCCGUGUGCCUCUUCCACCGCAUGUUUGGAGGCUCCAUCAAUCCGGCAGAGUUUAUGAACUUCCACCACAACCACCGGCAUGACGGCGCGCACCAUUAUGGAGAGGAUCGCCUGAGCGGGUUCCGGGACGAGGCGGAUGAGGCGGUCUACGCUGCAGCUCAGGAGCGUUUCGAGAGCCUCCUCCGAGAGAACGUGCCAAAAGGGCAGUCCCCCUGUGAUGGCUUGUCAGAGGUUUCUCAGGCUGAGUGUCGGUGCGAGGCUCAGGAGCAACAAUGUGGCUCGGUUCCGGACGCGGCUCUGGACUGCGGGAAGUGCCCGAAAAGAAGACUGCUCUUCAUGGGAGACAGAAAAGAAUCAGACUUAGAGGUACACUGCAGUGCUGGUGCUUGCCAAGCAAGCGGCCAGCACGUGUCAAACAAACUUUUUGAUUGGGCGCCUUCGUCGUUAUGGCAAGGGUAG